ACGCGUCGCAUCGGCAUUUGGCGAGACUCCCGAAGUCAGCUAGACUGUAGACGGUCGCCAGUUCGCAGCGCAGGAAGAUGGAGUCUGAUGUGAGAUGGGAGCCUACCCUUAGAGUUUACUGCCCGUUGAAGGCAGGCAGUAUCGAUGGCACAGACACAAGACCCCAUGAUAAGGCCAUUGAAAGAGCCAUGAAGGCCAUCUACAAGCCCAAUAAAGCUGUUCAGGGUGACCCGGACUGCACGCUGUUCAUUGGAAGGCUUGAUUCUUCAACGUCAGAGCACACUCUCAGUAAGAUUUUCUCAAAGUACGGAGACAUUGUCCAUGUCCGUGUAGUACGAGACAUUGUCACUGGAAUGUCCAAGCGAUAUGCCUUCAUUGAGUAUAGCAAAGAGCGGUAUGCCUCCAGAGCACGACGGGAUGCCAACCGUUUAGCUAUUGACGGCUCAGAAAUUCUGGUUGAGUACGAAUGUGAACGAAUUCUGCCAAAGUGGAUACCAAGAAGAUUAGGUGGUGGGUUUGGUGGCAAGAAGGAGUCGGGACAGCUUCGGUUUGGAGGAUCAGACAGACCAUUCCGCAGGCCAAUCAUCAUCAGCAAGCAAGAUGACGGUAGUGGUAGAGUGGGCAGCAUUUUCAGGACUGUUUCAGUGCAAAGCUGUAGCAAAUAUCAGUGAUAAAAGACUGAUCCAAGCUAAGCAGGACAGGUGAGGCGACCAAACACUCUUAUCACGAGCUGCCAGGAAUGGGAAUCGUGUGGCAAGCGAGAGUAAACAAAAAAAUACUGAAUGGUUGUAUUCUAACGGUCUCAAAGGUCUAGCUGGUAAUGUACUCAACGUCCUACCACACUUCUAUCUACAAUGAACGACAAUUACUGUGCCAUUAAGUUCUCGGUUUAAUGCAGAUGGAACCGAAUCGACCAUGGAGUGGAAAUAAAGGUAAUAUACUCCUAAUAUCAAAACAAAAAGGAGUAUUUCAUUUCAUCGAUCUAAAAAUAAAUUAAGCAUGCACCAUGUGAUUGUUGUUUAAGAUCAUUUUGUUGCUUUUUGUGAUACCUUUCAAGACGAAACAUUCAAUAACAAAUGAAGAAGUUGACUCUUUUCUGCAAAUACAACAGUGAUUGUCGCAUUGUAUCCUUUCUGAAUAUCUUUGUUUCCAGGUUCUGAUAUAAGAAAUUUGGAUACUUCACUCUACAAAUUGAAGCACAUUAACAGAACCCGGAUAUACCGUAUCGAGAAGUUUUUACCCAAGAUGUUCUUGCUGUCAUCGCACUAAUAUUUAUUUAUUUAUAAUUUAGUAUUUAUAUUUUAUUAUUUAAUUUAUUUAUUUAUAUCUGGCACAUUUAGGGUGAAGUGAUAAUUUAGAAGACAAUGAAGAAAUUUUCAGUUUUAGGGGUGGGAGGAAAGCCCUUGGUGCAUAUUCCAGGGACUGAAAACUGAAUCCAGAUGCUAACCUAGGUGAGAUUCGAACCUGCGUCAAAGAGGUGGAAGGCGAGGAAAGAGCCACUACACCAACCUGACUCCCAGUAAUCUGGCUAAUCUUAGUCUAUACAUUUACCCCGAAGUGUCCCAUCUUUAUGUGUGUUAAGGUAUGCCAUUUCCUUUUAUUCGUUUUUUAAUAAACUUGAAAAGAUGUGUCAUAUUUUUCAUUUAUCCAUUGAAGCAGUACUAAAGUAUUACCUACGACCUUUUUUACGCUUUUAACAAAGGCAGAAUUACUUAAGUUAAUGUUCAGUGUAUUGAAUUGAAUCAAACAACACGAAAAUAACAGCGACACGUGCGUUACAGCCAGGCAGGUAUGUACAUUGCAAAUAAUAUCACUCACGAUGAUGGACAAUUGGCGUCAUCAUCACUUCCGUUGUUGUUAAUUAAAAUGCGCAACGUCUUCAAGCCGUCUCUUUCGCGACUUUUCAAAAAAUCUUGUUGAUCAGUUGGACGUUCACCCAAAACGAACUUAAUGAGAUACCCAAAAAUAUUUGAAUUCCAUCUUAUCAAUAAAGCAUUCCAUAUUUCUCAGAAAUGUUUCAUGAGUGAUCACUUUUGGCGCUAGUCGACAAUUUUCAAGGACUCUGGAGACAAAAGUCUUUCUACCUCUCUGCAUGAGAGGUAGAUUUUUGUUUAAGUAUUUAUCUUAGGAAGCAAUUGUCGAACCACAAAGAUAAGCUUGACAGUAUAAAUUUAGGAGAUACCUUUAAGUUCCAAUAAAAAUGUUUUUUCAAAUCUAUCACACAGGCGUUACUCAAUAAAAGACAGCCAUUAAGUGCCAUUCUUAAGAACUGUCUGUAUACACAAGGUCAGGGUGUGCUUGCUAGUAUUAAACAGAAAUGUAAUCUAUUCAAGUUAUGCACUGUAAUAUCAAAAAUUAUCAUGCUAUGUCUAGUGUCGGACUUGCUUUUCUGUUGAAGUCAGGGGAACUGUUACAACCAGUAAACUGAACUGGACAAAUGGGUAGAGAGACUAGAUCUUUUAUCCUUUCAUUUAGGUUGUGUAAUUCGCAUAG